CCGCAGGUGGAGUGGGGGCUCGUCUCCCAGGAGCUGGGCAGCCCCCAGGCCUGGUGCAGGGCCUGGCUCUGCCCCUUGCCCCAGGCUGAUGCCCACACUACGGUUGGGCAAGACGUGGAGCACCCAAAGGGCGCGGUCCUGGGGCAGCCUUCUGAUCUGAGCCUCCAGCUGCCACCAGCAACCCUCCGGGCUGGUUCUCACGGCCCCGCGCUCCGCCACGAACUUGUGGAACCAGCCAAAGAGGAGGGCAACGAAAUCAAGGAACUCAUCCCGGUAUCCAGACACAAACUCCAUGUCUUCAGGGAAACAAGGCCUGGGCCCAGACUGAGCAGAGGGAGGGAUGUAUGGUUUGGCGGUGAGCCCCGGUACACCUAGCCCCUCCCGUCCGGUCCGCUACUCCGGUACCUGCAGCCGCCACCACUUUUCGAAGAAUCUCAGGCGUAGCGGGAGAAGGAAGCGAAAGCCAUUGAGAAACCGGCUGGACGUCAGGCUCCGGAGCACGUCUGGGAGUCAGACAGGGCGAGGCGGGUCCGAGAUGAUGCUGAGCUGGGAACUCCAGAUCCUCUUGCUCCUACUCUUUCUAUUGUGCCACACUCCUCCAGGCGAUGGCAAUGAAGGUAGCAUCGCUGGCAGUUGUCCCUGUGAUAGAAGAAUUUCUUCCCACUCCCCUCCUAACGAUCAAUACAUGGGACAUCUCCGAAAAUACCUGAAAGUCUAUCAACGUUGCUCUUCCUACGUCAGGUUCCAGCUACCUUUGGGAAGUGUGUGUGGAGGCAGCAGUGACCGGUGGGUCCACGAACUGAUGCGCUGCUUUGAUCGUGAAGAAUGUGGACGUGCUCACGCCAGGAGUGUGGCCCGCCAGGGACAUGUACCUCCCCGCAGCACCCAGGUUCCUGAGCCCACAGAAAACACAACUUCAGCCACGGGCACCCCCGCACAGAAGUACCUGCCAUCCACCCUGCAGCCUACCCAGCAGCCCACCCCUCCAGAAGGAGCACCUUCAUUGGACCAAAAGCUCAUCCACACCAAUGAGACUACCACUUACACUUUGGGCCACCAUCUGGGGGCAAGGCCUGGGGCCAGGGGGAACCAGAGGCAGCUGGGAGAGAAUGUGGGUCCUGCAGCUGGGACAUCAGCCAUGGUGCCAGUGCUGUCCCUCUUGGGCAUCGUUUUCCUCCUCACUGGAGCCCUGCUCUACAUGCUGUGCGAGAAGAGGAGGGAGCAGUCACUGCAGUGUCCUCCAGAUUUGCACCUUCAUUAUGUGCGUGUGGCAGCAGACGCCAAUGCUUAAAGAAUGGAAGCUUGUGAGGGCAGAUUACGAUUUAUUCAGUAUCAAAUGCAGUUAAUAUACUAGAGCAAUCCCUGGUACAUGGCAGGCACUCUCUACAUAUUUGUCGAUGUUUAAUAUACAACUAACCAGCCACCGCCCUCUCUUAGACGUUCCCUCCGUUUUUUUUUUUUCAUGCUGUAAUGUAAAAUCACCUCUUAUACUAGAUAUCUUGUACAAAUUCUAUAUGUGGAUUUUUUAACUACUAAAACUUAUUUUUAUAA